CAGCGAAACGAACGAAAAAGUCAUCAGUCGCGCAGGUCUUCACUUGAGACGCAGUUGCUGAGUUUCUUCGCGAGAAAAUCCCAAAUAUUCGCCAAGCCGCGAGAAGUCAUCGCCCCACGCCUUCCCCGAUGUCACGAUGAAGUACGGCAUCGAAGUUUCCCCCGACGAAACUCCACCCAAGGGGCGAGAAGAGGGAGAAAUGAGGGAGGAGGAGAGGAGGAACCCCGAUGGCGAGGCGGACCCCAGGGCGAGUCCAGCGCAUUCCCGACUUCCAGGGAGGAAACCCGAAGAGGCCGCCGACGCCGUCGUCUUCUCCAUCCAGUUCUACGGCAAGACGAUCGGGGAGGUCGGCCUGAUGGACCAGGACCUGUCCGAGCUGGACUGGAAGAAGUUCAAGUCGUAUCUUUUUCAGAAUCUCCUUAGUAUAAACCAGCAAGACAAUAUAUGUGUGAGUUACAGUGAUGAGGAAGGAGAUAAGCUUCCAAUUGAAUCGGACGAGGAAUACAGGGAGGCUCUGAAGGUGGCAAAGAAGAAAGCGGAGAUGCACGACAAGAUGGUGCUGGACAUCACGCGCCAGGGGGGCCUUCCCACGGUGCUGUCUUUCGUCUCCUCAGGGAUCAAGAAGGUGGGGUCGUCUCCCCCCAAGGAGAGGGGAAUGUCCUUCUUCAAGGCCUCGUCUCCCCCCAAGGAGUCAGGUGGAUUCAUGGCCAAGGACUGGAAGCCGUUCCCUCCUUUCUUCAUGCCCGAUAAAGGUCCAAUCCCAGGUCAUGUCCAGGGUAUGUGGGGUUAUGACUGUGAUGAGGCCUUGGAGUGUGAUAAGCCUCAUCACACCACCACAACAGCCACUACCACAACCACAACAACCACUACCACGGCCAUGUCCGCACCCCGCACUGACUGCAAGAAGGGCCCGCCAGUCCGAUCUCUCCGCAACUCUCCUCCCCAAUUUGCUAUUCAGUUGAGGCACCUCUCUAACAUCAAAGUGAGCCCCACACUCCACACACCACCAGUCAGGCUGUCUUUGGUUGCAGGUACAUGGCGAUCGUGUGGUGGAGCAGGUCCAAGUGCCACAGAGGCGACACAGCGGCCCGAACAGCCACCUGCUUGGUUCACCACCUACAUGGAGAAAUUCCGCAAAGAGAUCUGCGAGGAAGUGAGUGAAUGCGUGAUGGAGAAGGUCUCGGGAAUGAUCAAGGAGAUGAAGUUCCCCUCCACUUCAGGGUCUGAGACAGAAGUCGAACAUCAGGUUGCAAAAGGGAAUGCAAAGCUGCAAAAUGAAACUGCCAGUAAGAACCCACAGAAAGCCAAAGCAUGCCAGCGCGCACGGGAUGGAAAGAAUGAAGAGAUCAAAGGCAAGAAGAAAAAGGUGAAGGCUGGAGAAAAUGAUGUGGGUGCAAAGCGCAAGAAGUUGGCCAAAGAAGAAGAGAGGCUCAUGAAGAAGCAGGAGAAAAUGGAAAAGAAGAAGCUGAUGUGCAACAGAUAUGUUGAUGAGAUGGACAAAGCCAGUCGCACUCAGGAGAAGGUUUUGGCAAAGAUGGAAGGUCUGCGCAAGAAACAGUCCUGCUCCCCAGAGGAACUCAACAAGCUCAGAAAGAUGGUUGACAAGCAGCAUAGGGUUAUCACAGCUGAGCAGCGACAGCAACGCAGAAACGACCGAAAAGCAGGAAACCAGAAGGCAGGCAAAUCAAAGAAAUUCAAUAUCGACAAUAAGGGAUUCCCUGUAGAUGCAUCACUGUUGCAUGCUGCCCUACAGGAGCUGGAAGCCUUGGCUGAAGACUCGCCCAACGAGGGCACAGCUGGCAUCAGCACAAGGGGUUACGAUGCCCUCUAUCUCCAUGACGUGACCUAUCCUGAUGGCUCCGAGGUGGCUCCUGGAACAGAGUUUGUCAAGACGUGGAGGGUUGCUAAUACUGGUGUGGAGCCUUGGAAUGAGAAGACAACAUUGUGCAAGUGGAGCCAAGUGCGUUUCCGUGGCUCUCCUGCUGGCUGGAAGCUGAAGCCGUCCUCAAAGAAGGUGGUGUGCCCUCCCCUGGAACCUGGCCAGGAAGGUGACAUAUCCAUCACCUUCACAGCACCAAGUGAGCCAGGCUGGUAUGCCACUCAUUGGAGGUUCUGCCAGCGAGGUCGUGUUUUUGGGAACCAGAUGUGGUGUGCUAUUUACGUGGCAGACCGAAAUGUGCGUGAGAAACUGGAGCCAGUUCAGGGUGAAGAUGUUGCAUCUGCUGUGAGGCUCAUGCUUUCGGUGACUCCAAAACAAUGUCCGUCAAAGGCCAGUGCUGUGAGUGAGGAUACUGUCUGUGAUAAAGAGGAAGAAGAGGAGGAGGAUGAGGAAGAGGAAGAAGAGGAGGAAGAGGGAGCCAAAGCACUAAGGAGUAGCCAGACCAAGGGCGACCUUGAGGGCGGCAUUGUAGAGAACUACUAUGAUGCAGAGGAUCCGUUUGAGAAGGAGCUGAGAAAGAACCUAAAGAGCUUGAGCCUUUGCACCAGCGUGAAAGCCGAG